AUGGCACCGCUGAAGGAGGGUGUUUAUGCGCGGGCAAGGAUUCUGCAGAAAGUUAACGUUAUAACCGACAAAAAUUCGAAAGAGGCAAACGAGUACGCGAGAGUUUUGUUCAUUGACGAAGGUAAGAUGGCAUGGGUUUCGGUGAAAUGUCUCGCGAAAAUGGACGAAAUCCUAUCGUAUCAUCCAUGGCAAGCACUCGCGGUGGCGAUUUUCAGAGUAAGAAUUUCAGUGUGCUUAUAG